AUGAAGAAAGAGAAUCACACUUUGGUGAGUGAGUUCACUUUCCAGGGUUUCUCUAACUUCCAUGAGCACCAACUCACGCUCUUCAUUGUGUUCCUAGCACUGUACAUAGUAACCUUGGCAGGUAAUAUCAUCAUUGUGACCAUCAUCAGUCUUGAUCGUCACCUUCACACUCCCAUGUACUUCUUCCUCAGCAUGCUGUCAGCUUCAGAGACUGUGUACACACUUGUCAUUAUACCAAGAAUGCUCUUCAACCUCAUUGGCCUGAGUCAGCCAAUUUCCUUGGCAGGCUGUGCCACUCAGAUGUUCUUCUUCAUCACUUUGGCUAUCAACAAUUGCUUCUUGCUCACAGCCAUGGGGUAUGACCGCUAUGUGGCUAUUUGCAACCCCUUGAGGUACUCAGUCAUCAUGAACAAGCGGGCGUGCCUCCAUCUGAUGUGGGGAGCUUGUAGCAUUGGUCUAAUUGUAGCAAUGAUACAGGUGUCAGCUGUGUUUAGGCUACCCUUCUGUACCACCAAGGUGGCUCAUUUCUUUUGUGACAUCCGGCCUGUAAUGAAGCUCUCCUGCAUUGACACCAGUGUCAAUGAAAUUCUGACUUUGAUCAUCAGUGUCUUGGUGAUCUUGGUCCCCAUGAGUUUGGUUUUUAUCUCCUACAUCCUCAUCAUCUCCACCAUCCUCAAGAUUGCCUCUUCUGAGGGCAGGAAGAAGGCCUUUGCCACCUGUGCCUCUCAUAUCACAGUAGUUGUUAUCCAUUAUGGCUGUGCCUCCAUUGCCUACCUCAAACCCAAGUCAAAGAAUACUAGGGAUGAGGACCAGCUGAUCUCUGUGACCUACACUGUCAUCACACCCCUCUUAAACCCUGUGGUAUACACCUUAAGGAACAAAGAAGUCAAGGAUGCUUUGUGCAGGGCCAUGGGCAAAAAAUUUUCCUGA